AUGAAGCAUAGAGUUUAUCUUUGGGAAAAGAUUUCUCGUAUUGGUGUUUUGAGGAAAGACAGAUGGUGUAUGUUAGGUGAUUUUAAUGAUAUCCUACAUAAUGAAGAAAAGAUAGGCGGUCCUAGAAGAAGUGAUAUAUCAUUUCAGCCCUUUGUGAAUAUGAUCAAUGCUUGUGAGAUGACGGAACUUCCAAGUCAAGGCAGGCUGAAAGCAGUUAGAAAAGCUCUUAGCAAAUGGAAAAAAAAGAACAAUACUAACUCCAGUGAUAAGAUUCAGAAUUUAGAGACGGCUUUGGAAGUAGAACAAUCAGCUCAACUGCCAAACUUCAAGAGAAUAUAUUGGCUUAAAAGAGAUCUGGUUAAAGAGUAUAGAGCUGAAGAACUUUAUUGGAGACUAAGACGUGCUAGGAAGAGAUUGGAGAAAAUCUUGGAUGAAAAAGGAGUUUUUCAAUUUUCCGAAGCAGCAAAAGCACAGGUGGCUAUUGAUUAUUUCAACAAGCUGUUUAAAUCUUCUAAUCCAGCCAGUUUUGAAGCCUUUUUCUCAAAUUUUGCUCCAAAGGUGACAAAUGAUAUGAAUGCUCAGUUGUGCAAAGAGGUCACUAAUGAGGAAAUAGAAGAAGCUGUGUUUGCUAUCAAAGCCUCAAGUGCCCCAGGUCCAGAUGGAAUGUCAGUGAUUCAUGGUCUAAAGAAUCAUCCUCAGGUUUCAAAGGAUUUUAUUGCUAUCAAGUCAGACAUGUCAAAAGCAUAUGAUAGAGUGGAAUGGGGAUAUCUCAGACAGUUGUUAAAGGCUUUGGGUUUCAGCGAGAAAUGGAUUUUAUGGGUUAUGGCUUGUGUCACUUCAGUGACUUUCUCAGUUCUUAUUAAUGAUCAACCUCAUGGUAUGAUCGUUCCUGAGCGUGGAUUGCGUCAAGGAGACCCUCUCUCUCCUUUCCUGUUUGUUUUGUGCGCUGAAGGCUUAUCACAUCUGUUGAAACAAGCAGAACUAGAAGGAAAAGUGAAGGGUGUUAGUUUUGGAGAAGAAGGGCCUAUCAUCAGUCAUUUACUGUUUGCUGAUGAUAGUUUGUUUAUGUGUAAAGCAGAUGAAGAUCAUUGUAACCAUUUAAAGGCAAUUCUGAGGCGAUAUGAGAAAGCAACAGGACAGACCAUAAAUGUUGAUAAAUCUGCCAUUACGUUUGGGAAGAAAGUUGAUGAAGAUUUAGGAGGUUUAGGGUUUAAAGAUAUUGAGCUCUUCAAUCAAGCUCUCUUGGCCAAGCAAGCUUGGAGAUUGCUAAACUUUCCUAAUUCUCUGCUAGCAAGAUUGUUGAAAAGUCGUUAUUUUCCUCAUGGUGACUUUCUAAAAGCUGUGACAGGAGUUAAACCUUCUCUUGGUUGGAAGAGUAUUCUUCAUGGAAGAGAAUUGGUGGAAAAAGGUAUUUCUAGAAGGAUAGGGGAUAGAAAAUCGUCGUUCGUAUGGACUGACCCAUGGAUGGAAGAUGAAGAUGGGUCUAUGAGAGCUCCUUGGAGAAAGAAUUACUUCUUUGAUUCAAUGUUAAAAGUCAAGGAUAUCAUCAAUGCUGAUGGUAAUCAAUGGAACUAUGAUAAACUUCAGGAGCUUUUUUAUCCACAAGACAUUAAGCAGAUUUUAAAAUUUCCUCCAGUUAAAAGUCGCUCUAAUUUUUGGAUUUGGAAGUUUAACAAGAGUGGUGAUUUUUCAGUGAAAUCGGCCUUUUGGUUGGUGAAUCAAUAUGACAAGGAAUCUGUGUUGGAAGCAAAAGCUUUGCCUUCCUUAAAUCCCUUGAAACAGCAGGUUUGGAAAAUUUCUUCUGAACCAAAGAUUAAAAAUUUUCUAUGGAAGGCUUUAAGUUCUGCUUUGCCGGUGGAUGAAGGUUUUAGUAGGAGAGGAAUGAAAGCAGAGGAAUUUUGCCAGAUUUGUGGCUCUUUUCAGGAAACAAUAAAUCAUGUUCUGUUUUCUUGUGAAUCAGCUAGACAAGUCUGGGCUUUGUCUAAUAUUCCUUAUCCAAGGCAUGGUUUUGAUUCGGAGUCUGUAUUUGCCAAUAUGAAAUAUCUUCUGCAGCUGAUUAAAUUGGAAGGAAGGGAGUAUAAGCAAAGAAGAGCAAUCCCAUGGCUUAUGUGGAACAUUUGGAUAGACAGAAACAAAUUUUUAUUUGAAGGUUUGGUUCCUAAUGCAUUGGGUGUUGUUCAGAGGAGUUUGGAAGAAGCUGAGAAUUGGUUUCAGGCUCAAGCUUGUGAUACGCAGGAAGAGGAUCAACAAAAGAAAAUGGAGGUGGCUCGCAAGAAAGGUUGGAAGUGUCCCCUCCCGGAGUGGAAGAAGUGUAAUAUUGGAUUCUGUUGGUCAAAAAAGGAGAAAAUGGUUGGAGCUGCGUGGGUGUUAAGAGAUGAAAGAGGAGUGGUUAUCCUACAUAGUAGGAGACUUUUUUCUCAGAUGGAGAAUUUGGAUCAUGCAAAGUUUUCAGUGUUAUCUUGGGCCAUUGAAAGCUUGGCCUUUCAUCGUCAAGUUAAGGUGGUGUUUGCUUUUUAUGAUCUUUCGGUGGUGGAAAUGAUAAACAAUCCCAUUAGAUGGCCUGCGUUUAGUCAUGUUUCAUCGGCCUUGCUUGCGAUUUUAUCUACGAUUAAGGAAUGA